GAUAUCCCCAUCCCUUCCUCCUCUUCUCUCAAACCUCACGAAGUACUAAUCAAAGUAGCCGUAGCGGGGUAUUGUCACACGGAGAAGAUGACGGCAGUGGGAGACUUCAAAGCCAUGCUCAAAGGGCGAGACCUGCCACUUGUCCCCUCCCACGAGCCUACAGGCGUAGUAGUCGCACUAGGAAGUGAAGCCGCUUCUGAGAAAUCCUCUCCUGCCACAGGUGGAAAGGGUCCACUUCAAGUAGGAGAUCGGGUAGGCUCGCUAGCCUUCAAGGACUUCUGCGGAGAGUGUCCAGACUGUAAAUCAGGUCGACCAAAAUACUGCGAUGCCUCCGAGGCCGUGGGGUUGAGUGUCGAUGGUGGGUUUGCAGAGUAUUGCGUCGUGGACUACCGCAGCUCCGUCAAGCUUCCCGAUUCACUAGAUUUCGCUUCAGCUGCUCCUCUCAUGUGUGCAGGAGCGACAAUGGCUUCUGCUAUCAAGGGAUGUAAUCUUCAAGCUGGACAGCAUUUGACUAUUAUUGGUGCGGGAGCAUUGGGACAUAUUGGUUGUUCACUAGCCAAAGCUCAAGGGCUGAAGGUAUCCAUGAUCGACUCGAGGGAGCCACCAUUGGAACUCUGUCGAAAGCUCAAAUGGGCACCAGAUUACACCUUCAAUGCAAAAGACAUCAGCGACCCAUCCGACGGAGAGCAGAUUGCAAAAGUCCUCGAGGCAAUUGGGGGAAGUGCACCAGAUGCAACCAUUGUAGCCACGGAUGUCAUUCCUGCUUUCACUCUGGGGAUUUGGCUCACAAAGAAGCACGGUCAGCUACAAGUCGUUGGUCAACCAAGUGAUCCAAUCCAGAUUCCCUUUUUCCCACUCAUCUUCCGCGACCUCCGGGUAACGGGGAGCUUACUAGCAGAUCAAGUCACAUUGAAGGAAUUGGUGGAUCUGGUCGCGGAAAAGGGAAUCGAGGUCAGGACGAUUGAAUAUGGACUGCAGGAGGUGCCAAAGUUGUUGAGUGAUUACGCCAAGCCGGGACAUGCAGGGAAAUUGGUCGUG